AUGUUGUUUGUGGGAACGAUCAUUUAUGUUGCUCUUCUCCUCGUCAAUGCGAUGGCAGUCCUCAGCGAAGACCGCUUUCUUGCCCGGAUUGGCUGGUCAUCCAGUACACCACAGACAGCGAAUACGGCCUUCAGCCAACCGUAUGCGCAGCCCUAUGACCAAGCGGGAUACCCAGGAGGACAGGACGUUGGGAUGAAAGGGCGGCUAAUAAACCUCAUUAGUGCGGUAAGGACUGUAAUGCGAAUACCACUCAUCGGCCUCAAUAUUGCGGUCAUCAUAUACGAGUUGAUCCUGGGUGGCUAA